AUCCAAGGAUUCCCCCAAAUCAUCAUUUCUCACCAUCUCUGCUACUUAUACACUUUUCCAGGCUACCAUCAUGUUCCACCUGGACUACGAUAAGUUCCAACUUAGUCUCCCUGCUACUUCUUGCUAUCUUAUUGUUUUUCACAGAGCACCCAGAAUGAUUUUCCUAAAACAAUAAUCAGAUUCUGUUACUCCCUUUUUAACAUUCUAUUAACUUCCUAGUAUCUUCAGAAUAUAAUCCAGACUUUUUACCGUAAUUGGGUCUUCUCUUUGACUUUAGGGCCUGGCUUCAGUAGCCUUCUUCCUGUUCCUUGAACAUGACAAGCAUAGUAUCAUCGAAUUUUAUUUUUACUUGGAAUAUUUUUCUUCCAGAUAUUUGCAUGAUUGCCUGUUUAUAAUUUAGGUCUUUAGUCCACAUCACCUUGUCAGAAAGGCCUUCUGUAAUUACUGUACCUAAAAGAUCCCACUCCAUCACUCUCUAACCCAGUAUAUUAUUUUAUAUACUUUCUGACACUUAUGAGUACAGUGACAAAAAUUAUCUUAUUAUUUCAAUUCCCUGUUUACUGUGUAUUCCCACCCCUACAAUGUAAACUCCUUGAAGAGAGUGAUUUUGUCUGUCUUGUUCACUGCUCUGCCCCUGAAGCCUGGAACAGCCUUUUCCACCAUUUUAGCACAACUUAGAUGUUCAGCAAAUACAUAUUAAAUACAUUAUUCUAAAAUUCACGUGUAGUAUUGAAAACAAAUGUUCCCAUUAUAUAUUCCUAUUUGGGAAAUUUUAAUGGAGAAAAAGCAGCAGCAACAAAGACAACAACAAUAAUAAUAGCUAUGAUGUUACUUGGUAUGUGACAGGGAUUGUGCAAAAGACUUCAUGAACAAUUGCAUUUAAUCCUCACAACAAACCUAUGAGUUAGAGACUAUUAUUACCUACUAUCAUCUUACAAAUGGGUAAGGAGGCUAUAGAAAUUCAGUAACUAGCCCAAGUUCAUAUAGUUGGUGAACGGCCAGGUAUGGGCUUGAACAGAGUGCUGCAUGAUACCAAAUGCAGUGAUCCUACCCACACUGCUGUGAGCUCUAAGAAGGUAGCCACAUUAUAGAAUUUUAGAAUCUUAGUGUUUGAAGGGAAUUUAGGCUGACCUGAUCCUCUGCCACACUCCAGUUGAACAAUUGCUUAGCCUUUGAUCUUGCAUCUAUGUUCCUAUAUUUUCCACCCAUUGGUCUUAGUUUUACCCUGUCCCUUUCAGAGAUGUGGUUGUACAUAGUAAUUCAUUUCUUUUAUCAUAUAUAGGUAUUUUUCAAUCAGGUGUCUGUAAAUGCUGGUGGCCUUUGGCAAUCUAAGUAAACUGUUACAGUUCAAGACCAUUCCAGAGACGAGGACUGAGUAAAUAUUAACAACCUUCCUGUGCUUGGUUGGAGCUUGAAAGGACUGAAUAACAUCAACAAGCAAGCUUUUGUCAAUCACAGUCUAGACCAGAUUAGUCUUAAAGUCCAAGGAAGAAGCAAAGUUCACCUUAGUGCAGAAGUUUCUGUACAGCUCUCCCAGUUAUUGUGUUCAAGUUUAAGGGAAAGAAAAUGAUGAAGGAGAAAGAGAAAACCAUUGCUAUUUUGAAGGUUAUAGACACUUCAAAGCUAAAACUGUUGUCUGGAAGUAUUUUGGAUGUGUACAGUGGUGAGCAGGGGAUUCCACCAGCUAAUAUGGGACUUACAAGUGCUUCCUGUCCAAACAGUCUACCAAGGAAAAGAGAAAUCACAGAAACUGAUACUCGAGCUUUGGCAAAAGAGAGGCAAAAAAAGGAUAACCACAACCUCAUUGAAAGAAGAAGAAGGUAUAAUAUUAAUUACCGAAUCAAGGAGCUUGGCACUCUUAUUCCAAGGUCUAAUGAUCCUGAUAUGCGCUGGAACAAAGGAACCAUUCUAAAAGCAUCGGUGGAGUACAUCAAGUGGCUACAAAAAGAACAACAGAGAGCCCGAGAAUUAGAACACAGACAGAAGAAAUUAGAGCAGGCUAACAGACGGCUUCUCCUCCGGAUUCAGGAACUAGAAAUACAGGCUCGUGCACACGGUCUGCCAACCCUGGCUUCUCUUGGCACAAUGGACUUAGAUGCUCAGGUCACCAAACAACAGACUCAUCCCGAGCAGAAUUCAGUGGACUAUUGCCAGCAACUGACUCUGUCUCAGGGACCAAGCCCUGAACUCUGUGAUCAAGUGAUGGCCUUCUCUGAUCCCUUGUCGCACUUCACUGAUUUGUCAUUUAGUGCCGCUUUGAAAGAGGAACAAAGGUUGGAUGUCAUGUUACUGGAUGACACAGUAUCCCCAUUUGGAACAGAUCCUCUGCUAUCUGCCACUUCCCCUACGGUUUCCAAAGAGAGCAGUAGAAAAAGUAGUUUUAGCUCAGAUGAUGGUGAUGAGUUAUAAAAAAUAAACUGACUCAAGUCAUCAACUCGGAAGCAAUUCCAUGCCGGUGCUAUGCAAUCGUGUUCUGAAUUUGCUGUACAUCUUUGGCUUAUUUUUUCUGAAAGGAACAUGCUGUUCAUGAAAAAAAGAUUCAUUAGAAGCAACAGAGGAAUUCACAGGAAGAAGAAGCACGAUGUUGACGAAGUAUUGAGAGCUAACAAAGAUUGUUUCCUCUUUGACUACAGAGUCUAGAUUUACUUAAUGUUUGUUUUCCUGGCAAGAGUAGAGUAUGAAAAAUAGUUCUCUUUGGGUGUUUCAAAAGUGGAAACUUGGUGAUGUACUACUGGAACUAACAGAUUGCAAAGAGUAAAUCUGCUGACAUGUACAACCCUUUUCUUAGCCAUUCACUUCCAUAUUCACUGUUCAGCUCUUCCAAGAUCAGUGUCCCAAGAAUCAAGAUGAACUGAUCUGGUCGUUCAUUAUCUCUCUCCACUGUCUGGUGGUCAUGUUGUCUAAAGUUCAAACCUGAUAGGGGAAAUAAUUAUAAAAUAGAUUAUCUGUCAUUUGUAACUGAAAAUUGAAUACGAUAGAUGUUAGGAUUUUCCAUAAUGAGAUAUAGAAAACUUACAAAAACAUUGGUUACUAAAAUUAGAUCCUAAUUCCUUUAGUCAGUUCAGUUACAGUAAUCCUAAAAGCAUCCUUGCAUAUUUGUGGAGACAUGCUCUAUACAGAAAAAGGAACUCAUUGAAUGUUUUCCUCCUGACAACCAUGUUCGUAAGAAUAUGGGCUAAAAUUUUAUGGCUUCAUAUACACAUGCAUCAAUCCAGGUGGUAUGUGUUCUUUUUUCCCCCCUUCAUUCAGAUUUUCUAAUCAUCACCACAUUCCAAAAUCUUCUUUCCUUCAUCAAGAAGAGAAGUUGGAUAAUCAAUUUUGGUUAAUGAAUAUAAAAAAAUCUUUCUUCGAAGAAAAUUUGUCAGCUAUUUAAAAUUUAUCACCGCGCCCAAUAUUGGAUGUCGAUUAAAUAGUUGUUGAGAACAAUGGAUUCAGUUUUGCUUCAAACUGACAAAAUACUGAAAAUUGGAUUUCUAGCUGACAAGAUAAUUAAUCAAAGAUGGAACUAUUUCUUAUUAUGUUUAGUUUUUAGUGGAGGAUAAAGUUCUGUUCCCAUAAGUGCCUGAACUUUUUUGCUUUGUUAGCAUCUAUUACAUACAUUUGUAUCUAUGAUGCUUUUCUCUGAUUUUUAUCUUUUGAGCUUGUUUUCAGUUUAGCAGUUAAGUUACCAACAUUUUGCUUUGUGGUGAAGCUCCGUGGGUAAUCACCUGACCUAUGAGUAUUUGUGGAGUGAAUACUAGGAUCCGCAGUGGGUCCGGAGAAAGUGUUGAACAGAUGAGCAAGACAUAGUCUUCCUUCUCGGGGAGCCCAAAAGACUGCAUAUGAAGCAACCACCAAAGAUAGAGGACAUACAGAAUUAAGGUCUAAUUGGUGCAGCUGGAAAUACAGCAGGUCAGCAAAAAUGAAAACGAAUGAAGGGUUGGAGAGUCAGAAAAGCCUUUAAGGGAACAACAGAAUUUAGGUUUUUUUUAAAGACAUAAAUGUGUGAAAAGGAGGGCUUAUAGAGAAAUAAUAUAAACCAAAUGAUAAAGGUAAAUAUAAGUCAGAGGAGGGUUCCUCAUGGGACACUCAUUAGAACAAUCUGCCCACCUGAGAAGACACCUAUCAGGGAGUUUGGAAAAUAAUAUUGGCAACAGGUUUUACAGGCCCUUGAAAACUAGGAUGAUAUGAUACAGUAAAAAUAGACUUUUUCUUUUUAACUAGGAGAGAGAAAGCCUAAAAUUAAAAUGCUACUAUAGGUUACUAACUACUGAGAUAUAAUUUUUCAUGUAUAUUAAACUUUGGCAUAAAUUUGUGAAAAGAAGUUUUAAAUACUACUCACAUGGAAAAUAUGUCAUCUUCAGAGCAAACUUUGAUGACAGUGGGAAAAUAAUAAAUCCUUAUGGCAUAAUUAUUAAUCCAUGUCUGGAAAAAAAGGCUUGGCAAUCUAAUUCCAAAAGAUUACAGCCUUUGAAGAGUCUCUGGAGUGCAAUUCUACUCUGAAACACAUACAGUCGCCAUGAGUUGGAAUUGACUGGAUGGCAACUGGUUUUUGUUUUAGCUUACAUCACUAUCUCAGAUUUUGAAGAAUUAAAAUAAUUUUAACUGCUUGACUUGAGAAAAGUUCUUAAUUUCCCGGACAGUCAUUAAAGCCAAAUAGAUAAAUUUAUCUGAAAUAUACCCUGAGACAGAGAGCAGCGAGAUAUUUUCUCAAUAAUUUUCAAAAGGACAUUAUAUACUUACUUUUAACUUUAUGACAAAAUUCCAUUUUAUUAUCUGAGUUGAUCAUUCAACAUUGCAAGUUAUAAAGAAAGAAUCGAUUUCUGGGUCCAUGGAAAACUCGCCAUUCUAGAUAGAAGCUGAUUUCUGUUUUCACCAUUAUUCUUGUAUCUUAUAUUCUGAGAAGGCUUGCCCUAAUAAUGAUGUUCUUUCUAGUUCAUCAUUUUUCACUCUGUUAAAGUACUACUACCCAGCACUGACUCUAUACCUCAUCAUCUCGGCUAGCCUAAGGGCUAGACACAUAACAUAAGGAUGGUAGAACCUAGACAAAGAGAUCUAGAGGGGGUACUAAUAAUUUGCUACUACUUUUGGAUUAUGAUAGCUGUUGGGGCACUGUAAAAUGGGUAAUGGAUUUUUAAAGACAGAGUAAAGAGUAGUGCUGUGUCACAGUCAAUUGAAACAGAUUAAACAAUUCGUUAGACAGUAGUUCUUAACUUUUUAAGGGGAUGGAUCCCUUAAGAAUGUAGCAAAAGUUAUAGACUCUCAGAAAAAUACAGAAUCAUAUGUAUGGACAGAAAUUUUUCUAUAUCCAUAAAGUUUCAGGGACCUCCUGAAUUGGCUCCUUGGAUCCCAGGUGAAGAAAUCCUGCAUCUGAUCUGUUACUUUGACAAGUAGACAUAUAUCUAUCAAGAGAUACAUGCAUGAUUAGUGUCAUAUGUAGUAAUGGGGGUGGAGAUUCUUAUGAGGGAGGAAAUCCUAGUCACCUGAAUAUCAUUAUCCCAAUCCCCAUAGCUGCAUAGUAAGGCAAAAUUCUACCAAAUGUAUUAUUCACUAAGUUGUUUACUUAUAAAAGUAGUCUCCUUCCAAAUAGUCCUUCCACUCAACAUUAGCAAUUACACCUCCUGUGUGUUACCUAUCUGUGGGUCAGUUUCUCUACGACUAUUGGAUAUUGUAAACACCCCACAAUCACAAUUUUAAAAUGAUGCAAAUAAAUUUCAAAAGUAAAUUAUUUGAAUAUCUAAGAAUCAAGAGCAACCCCUGGGAGAAUUGAUGAAGAUGUAGGAUAUUUUUGCAGAAAUGAAACUUCUUAUAACGGUAAAAGAUGGCACAUUAUUUACCAAACAAGUUUGUCGCAAAAAAAGCAUCAGAUAGCACUAGGCUAUUAAUAAACUAUUAACCAAGACUUGCUCAUUGAAAGAAUUCAUGCAAAAUUACAAUUUUAACAUAAUUUUUAAAAAGAUAAAUUUAUUUUUAUUAUUUUAAACUAUUUUUUCCAGAUUGUUGUUGUUAGGUGCUAUCCAGUUGGUUUCAACUCACAGCAACCCUAUGUACAACAGUCCAAACACACUGCCUGGUCUUGCGCCAUCCUCACAAUCGUUGCUAUGUUUGAGUCCAUCGUUACAGCCACUGUGUCAUUCCAUUUUGUUGAGGGUCUUCCUCUCUUCCAAUGACACUCUACUUUACCAAGCAUGAUGUCCUUCUCCAGGGACUGAUCCUCCCUGAUAACAUUUCCGAAGUAUGUGAGACAUAGUCUUGCCAUCCUUGCUUCUAAGGAGCAUUCUGGCUACAUUUCUUCCAAGACAGAUUUGUUCAUUCUCUUGGCAGGCCAUGGUAUAUUCUCAGUUAAUCUUUUCCCUCUAUUUAUUAUAAAAUGCUGGUCCACUUGUAGUAGAUUCACGUUAAUCAGCCUUUUUCAAUUCACAAUUAUAUUAAAAUAACGAGGACUUCCUGUGAGUAUAUAUAGACCUUUACAACUUUUUUAAAAUUAUUUUUUAUAUCCUUUUUUUUUCCUUUGAACUUUUCCCAUGUCAACUGGACCACAAUUUCCUCAAUUUACAGGCAUGAUAUUGGUGAUGAGUGCAGAACUUCCUUUGUAUAGGAACAAGUUCUAAAUAAUAAAAAACCAGAUGAGCUGAAGACAUUGAGAAAUGACCUUCUUCCUUUUUUAAUUCAAUUUUUUCCAUCCACGUGCCUAUAAAUAAAAUAUAUGAUAGCACAUACUUAAAAAAUAUAUAUAAAGAGAGACACAAUGAGUUUCUAAGUUUGGUGUGCUAUUUACCUUAAUGUCAGGGGAGAAGUGAGAUUUCUUAACUGAAAAAAAAAAGAAUUUAUUUUUCUUUUGUUUUGACAGAUUGAGUUAGAUUGGAAUUUUUUUAUGCUUCAAGGUAUCGUGAAAAUACUUUUUCUGUUUUGAUAUUGAGGUAUUUUAAUAUUUGAAUAUAAAAAUGACAUAAUUAAGUGUUCCAAUGAUUUUACAAUAUCUCAAGGUUAAUAUUUACUGAUCUUAUAAUGCCUAAAAUGUAGACAAAAAUUCGGUUCAAUGGAUCAUUUUACUGUUUUAUCAGCACUAGAUCAUCCAUCUGGGUUUUUGGAAAACACCUGAAGGAUUGAAUUUUGCUUCGGUAUUGGUAAUGACACAAUCUGUAUACACUACAAGGAAUUACACCAUUUGCCCCUCCAUUGCCCCGGCAUGUUGAAUAUUAUUUUGCUUUGAUAAGAUUAAGAUGUCAAUUUGAGUUAGUAUGAAUUACAUAGACACAGAUUUCAUUACCUUUACUUAAUAAAUACUAAACACAUUUGGAGUAUUGCUGAUCUAAUGUGUCAUAUGACCCUCCUAUGAUCAUGAUUCAUUGCACACAAAAAUGUUUUAGCAUUUGUGUGAUUUUUAAGUUGAAAAAAAAAACAUUUAAAAAAUUGAGGAAAAAAUAGCUUUUCUUAAAAAUUUUCUAUGCUAUGUAUUUUUUAUUUUUCCUGUCAGGCUCACAGAGAAUUUGGGUGUGUAGGAGAUUAUCAUAAGACAGUUAUUUUGACUAAAAGAAAAAAAAGAAAACUCCUCCUGGAUUUAGCCAAUUUAGCAAUGGAAUACUACUGUUUGCUGCUUUAUACAUAAAAGGGAACUUUUUAUCUUCUUUUUGCAAAGGGACUUAUGUAUUUCUACAUAUCCAGAUGGCUUCUGUUGUGUUUUCUACUGAUGAAAUCCUCAGUGAAAUGUCUUUUUCCCACCUACAUUUAUUCAACAGUCUUCCAGAAUAAAGUUUAAGACUUUUGUGUUUAAACGCUACCUCUCCCUUUCCUGUGUUACUACUUUAUUUUCAAAAUUUUGCAUUUCCAUCUUUGUUUUCCCACAGAAAUAAGUUUGUUUGUGUGUUAUUUAAAGCUGGUGAUUAUAUAUGUAACUGACUAGAAAUAUGCAAAAGAAAAGUGGAGGCUGUUAUUUUGCUGAAAGAAUGAUAUAUAAUCAGGAAAUUACAUAUUAUAUUACUUUUUAAUACAUGGACUCUAAAUCUUAAAAGGUAACUAAAAUCAAGGAUUUUAUCUAACAGCUUUCAGUUGCUUAUGGCAUAAAAAGCUAAAAUUAAUUCAGCUAUUUAAUCUUAAUAACAAUGUAGUUAAAAAUCUUUGACUUUAAUAUGGUUAGAUGUAUGAAUAGCUGAAAUAACGUUCCUAUAAUUUUAAUCUAACAUUGGUUAGAUCAAGAAAACAUUGUUAGUGUAAUAAGACUCUAGAAUUGGUAAUUAUUGCUAUUUUUCAUUUUUAGUAACAAAGCAAUAUGUCUUAUUUUCUAAGAAAAUAAAGAACACUGGUGUACGUUAAUACAUACAUGAAUCUUUGUAGAAAUAGUUUUUCAAAUGCGCCGAUAUUUUCUUUGCAUAUGUAAAAUGAAAGCAUGUAAUUAUUAAACGUUUACUGUGCUGUUUGUUCUGUCUUUUUACAUAGACUGCGCUGAGAAAUACAGAAAGUGGGUUAAUCAUCUGAAAGGAUAUUUAGCAGCCAGAACAGUUCACAACUAACAAUUGUUCACUAAAUAGUCCAUGCUGAAAACUGUGAUCCAACAUUUCCCUAUUAAUGAAAAUAAUUGUUACAUCUUUAACAUGGUCUCUUGCCAUCUGCUUCUCCAUGCUGUUAUGGGUCCGAUUUAUGGAAAAUAUUUAUCAGAAUGUUGCAAAAUUGCUAGCAGGCAUAAUGGUAGCAGUGAAAUUUCUAAGAAACUCUGUAAAACCUUUUAAUAUACUAGAUGGUCCCCAGACAAUCGAGGAUAAACAGAAUACUGGAUUUUAAUAUGUAAAAUAUUAUAACACUGCUAAUUGGUAUUGACUAGACCUAUCCCUUGGUAAUGAAAUUAAUAAGGAUUUCAGUUAAGUGUUGAGACUUUCUGAUAUUUAAUACUGUGUUUAUGGAUUUGUCCUACAUACUUGCUUCAAGAAUGAUAAAAGAGGACUGCUCUGAGUUAACUAUAAAAAGCAAUAUUUUAUGUUUUUUAUAUGUUCAAAUAUUGGUUCAUUGCUUUUUAAGAACUAAUACCACCUGGAUAUUUUUCUUAAAGAAUUAUCGAUGACAAAAAACUGGUCAAUAUAGUAAUUUUUGUGUGAAAAGGAAUAACUAAUCUAAUACAGGUAGAAAUAAGUCAGGAUUUUUUUUGACAUUAUGUAAAAUGAAAAGAUGGGUGGCCAAAUGGAUUUUUUACAUUAGAUUGUGUAUUGUGUAUGUAUGUAUGUGUGUGGUGUGCUUGGGCCUGUAUACAUGUGUUGACAUGUGAGAGUCUUAAUAUUUUUCUGAUCUUUCUCUUUUAGGAAGGGCUAUGUACAUAAGAAUAUGUUAUCAUUAUUGGGACAUACAUGUAGGUAAAAUUGAAGCUAUCCUCAAAUCAUUUUUCUUGCAUACACACACACACACAUAUACACACGUAUGUCUUCACGCUGAGUUGAAGACAAAAAGAUUGAAAAGAUGAGGAAAGCUGUAAUAAGUUUUAAUGCCCUUUAUUAACAUAGUUUAUAUUUACAGCUUAAAUGUAAGCAUAGAUUUUAUUGACUGGCAAACGGAAGAUUAAAACCCACCUAAAAAGUUGUUGCUGUUACAAAUCUGCGUUGGAAGUACAACGAGAAUGCUCCUUAGAACAAAGGAUGGCGAGACUUUGUCUCAUGUACUUUGGGUGUGUUAUAAGGAGGGACCAGUCACUAGAGAAGGACAUCACGCUCGGUAGAGGAUCAGCAAAAAGAGGAAGACCCUCAACAAGAAGGAAUGACACAGCAGCCGAAACAAUGGGCUCAAGCAUGGCAACGAUUGUGCGGAUGGUACCGGACCCGGCAGUGUUGCAUUCUGUCGUACAGAGAGUCACUAUGACUCUGAACCGACUCAACGGCACCUAAUAACAACAGCUGUUGUUGUUAUUAAAAAUCACCUAUAAAAUUCUAGCUAUGAGGUGGUUAAGUGGUAAAAUACAACAAGGCCUAUUGGUUAAGUAAUAGAUACCCAUCAUGUUAAAUAUAUAUCGGUUUCAUUAAUUGGCAACAAUAAGACAAGAGUACAACAUUCUAGAUGGUGAUGAUUUUGAUAGGAUUGACCACAUUGUGGUUAAGUGCAUGAUUCAUGUAAUAAGAAAAAGUUGCCUGCGGGCUAUUGUUCCUAACAAAGAUUAAAAUUUACAUAUUGCUUCUCCUUAUGUCAAAACAUCUGGUGCCCGCAAAUGCUAACAUUUCUUUAAAAAGUUUCAUAAGCCAGGAAAAGUAGAUUGGAAACAUUGCAUGUGAAUCAUUCAAGCAUCAUAAUAGAAUAACAGCUAUGUUCAGAAAAUAUUGAAUUGCUGCAAACAAUACUACAGUCAAGAUUAUAAUUUAUUUGCUUACACAAAUUGAAAAGUGAAUGCUGUGUGUAUGUGUGGAGAAAAAAUGUGUUUGAGUAAAAUGGGCUAUCUCUUCAAAAAUACUGAUUUUACAUAAUUAUAUGGUGCAAGUGAGUUUAUAAAUCCUUCAAGACUUUACAAUCAUUCUAACAGUGUUAGAGGCAGUAUGUAGUUGUAUGAAAUCUAUUCUGAUAUCCAUUCAGUAAGGACAGUUACUGAAAGUUGGGGAAACCUAAAACUUCAUUUGCUCUGACAUUAAUUUUUAUAUAUUCAUUGGUUAUAUUUGCCAAUGAUUUACCAAUCCUUUCAUAUUUAAAAGCAGAUUUCAGAUGUAGAUGGCUUACCUUAACAACCAAAAAAAAAAAAACCAACUCGGUGCCACCAAGUUGAUUCUGACUCAUAGCGACCCUAUAGGACAGAUUAGAGCUACCUCAUAGGGUUUCCAAGGAGCAGCUGGUGGAUUCAGACUGCCGAUCUUUUGGUUAGCAGCCAAAUGCUUAACCACUGCCCUGCCAGGGCUCCCACCUUUGCAACACAGGAUCCGUAUUCAAUGGAUAGUCAGCCCUCACAACUCUUAUCCUAGUCUGGCCUUCUGUUCUUUAAUGUAUCAAGGCCACUGCAAGAUUUUCCUAAUUUUCAGGCUUUCUCUCACCCACCCAGUCAUCAGUUAUCAUCAACAUAGUCUUUGCUGGCUGCAUCAUUCAACUGCUACUUAUAUUCUGUCUUUGUAUUGCUGUUUAUUACAGCAAUGCAUAGAUUACCUUUCCCAUGACACUAGAUGCAGAAAUACAAAUUAACUUUCUCUGUAUCCCACAGUACUUAACAGAGUGACUUGCCUAAACAUGACAGGUCUUUAAUAAAUGAUUAAGUGAUGGUUAAUUGCAGGUAAGAGAAGUGUGGAAGUGUCAGAAUCUUCAAAUAAUGGAGUGAUGGUCACUCAAGGCUGUGACCAUUCAUUGAAAUGCUUGCCUUCCAACCUCUCUUUGUCAAUUCUUGCACCUGCAGUGAGAUCAGAUUUACCUUAUCUUUUGGCUUAUCUAAAAUGUGAGUUCAAGGAGGAAAAAUAUCAAAUUUUGUGACAAGUGAUAUAGAGAAACUGCUCUUCAAUUCAUCCAUUUAUUCAUUCACUGUGUGUUUAAUAAGCAUGCCUCAAGUAACAAUGGCUGCUGCUGAGGGGAAUGUAAAAAAAUGAAUCUGUGCUUGAAGAAUUUAGCCAUCUAAAUAGAAUUUCAGAGCACUAAAUAUGUGAAAUAACCAGAGAACUCAAAGCAAUAUCUGAACAAGGGCUCAAAUCUAAUGCAGAGGUUUUACACUGUAAAAAUUUAGAAUAAGUGACACUCUCCAUGAAGAUAAAAGUCUAUGAAAGAUAUAUGGUCCAAGAAAAGUCUUGGGCUAGGAAUUGAAUUGUUGGGAAAACAGGAAAGAACAUUCCAUACUCCGGCAAUCAGAGUCAUUAUAGAAAUAGAAAAAAAUCUUGCGUAGAAAACAGUAAGGAAAGCUUCUGGUCAGGAGUGAAAGAUUGAGGAAUAGGAUGAGAUGAAGUCUAAUGGAAAAUAGGAUGUUCCCAAUGUCAAGCUCUUGAGUUUUGUUUAAAUGAGUGAACAAGGAAGUCUCUUGAAUUGUUUGCUCAGAGCAAAAAGAAGUAGAGACAGCCACCAGAUUAUGGAAACAUUGGAUUUUUAGGGUAAGAUGUCUCCUUAUAGGUAAUCUUUGUCUCCCAUAUAAUUUUUAUGGAAUGAUAGAGUCUUAAAGUUUAAAGUAUCCCCAGAAGUGUCACCUGAAUCCUACCUACAGCAUCUUCCACAAAAAAUAAUCUUAUUUGGACUGAAGAAUGCUACUCAAGAAAAGCACAUGCUUUGAAAAUUGGUACCAACAGUGGGGGUUAGAGGGUAGGUUGCAGUUUUAAAUAAAGAGACCAGUUAGGAAGCUACUAUGGAAUUCCAGGCAUUAAAAUCUUUUGGCCACUCCACUCUGAAACUCAUUCUUUCACUCUCCCUUUGUCUCUGACAUCACUAUCAUCUUUCUCGUUUUUCUGUCUUCCCCUUCACAGUCUGUUUUUCCAUUUCAGCUUCUUAGAUGUUAGAGUAUCCUAAAUUUCUAUCCAUGUCUCCUAUAUCUUUUUCAUUUGGCAAACCAUUCCACUCAAAAAUUCCUCUAUUAAGUAUGUUUUCCCAUGUUUGGCUAAAAUCUUUAUUUCUUACACUAGUUUUUUUUUUUUUUUUAACUCUCAAACAAUUCCUCUUCUACGAAUGUGAAAGUCUUCAAGUAUUAUCUAAAUUUUUGUUCCUUAAGUCUAAAAAUUGCCAGUAACUUUAAUGUUCCUCAUAUCAAAUGGUUUUAAAAUUCAUUCACUCUUUUGGUCAUUUCUCCUAAGUUUUCUCCAAAGUUUCAGUUGCUUUCCCUUAAAAUGACUCCGGAACAAACGGCAAUAUUCCAGUGUGGGAUUCUUUUUCCUAGUUUAGGUACCUUUCCUGAAUCAUCUAUCUGUCUAUAUCUACAUAAAUAGAUAGACAUAAAUAAAUGUAUUGGCAAAAUAACUUGUGACUUACAUAGUGACUUAUAUUUACAUAAAUAGAUAGACUUGAACAUAUUUAUAUACCUACACAUACAUAUAAAAAAUUUUUUUAUAUGCAUAUACAUCUACAUAAAUAGACUUGAAUAUAUUUAUACAUUUACAUAUACAUUUUAUGUAUGUGUAUACACACAUAUAAAGUAAAGUAUUAUAAUAACAUGUGCAAAGAGCUGGAGAUGAAAAACCAAAAGGGAAGAACACGCUCGGCAUUUCUCAAAAUGAAAGAACUGGAGAAAAAAAUUCAAACCUCGAGUUCCAAUAAUGAAGGGUUCUAUGGGGAAAAUAUUAAAAGACACAGGAAGCAUCAAAAGAAGAUGGAAGGAAUACACAGAGUCAUUAUACCAAAAAGAAUUAGUCGAUGUUCAACCAUUUCAAGAGGUGGCAUAUGAUCAGGAACCGAUGGUACUGAAGGAAGAAGUCCAAGCUGCUCUGAAGGCAUUGGCAAAAAGCAAGGCUCCAGGAAUUGAUGGAAUAUCAACUGAGAUGUUUCAACAAACAGAUGCAGCACUGGAAGUGCUCACUCGUCUAUGCCAAGAAAUAUGGAAGAUAGCUUCCUGGCCAACUGACUGGAAGAGAUCCAUAUUUAUGCCUAGUCCCAAGAAAGGUGAUCCAACCGAAUGUGGAAAUUAUAGAACAAUAUCAUUAAUAUCACACGCAAGCAAAAUUUUGAUGAAGAUCAUUCAAAAACAGCUGCAGCAAUAUAUCAACAGGGAACUGCCAGAAAUUCAGGCUGGCUUCAGAAGAGGACGUGGAACCAAGGAUAUCAUUGCUGAUGUCAGAUGGAUCCUGGCUGAAAGCAGAGAAUACCAGAAGGAUGUCUACCUGUGUUUUAUUGACUAUGCAAAGACAUUCGACUGUGUGGAUCAUAACAAAUUAGGGAUAACAUUGAGAAGAAAGGAAAUUCCAGAACUCUUAAUUGUGCUCAUGAGGAACCUUUAUGUAGAUCAAGAGGCAGUUGCUCGGACAGAACAGGGGGAUACUGAUUGGUUUAAAGCCAGGAAAGGUGUGCGUCAGGGUUGUAUUCUUUCACCCUACCUAUUCAAUCUGUAUGCUGAGCAAAUAAUCCAAGAAGCUGGACUAUAUGAAGAAGAAUGGAGCACCAGGAUUGGAGGAAGACUCAUUAACAACCUACGUUAUACAGAUGACACAACCUUGCUUGCUGAAAGUGAAGAGGACUUGAAGCACUUAUUAAUGAAGAUCAAAGACCACAGCCUUCACUAUGGUUUGCACCUCAACAUAAAGAAAACAAAAAUCCUCACAACUGGACCAAUGAGCAACAUCAUGACAAACAGAGAAAAGAUUGAAGUUGUCAAGGAUUUCAUUUGACUUGGAUCCACAAUCAACAGCCAUGGAAGCAGCAGUCAAAAAAUCAAAAGACGCAUUCCAUUGGGAAACCUGCUGCAAAUGAUCUCUUCAAAGUGUUGAAGAGCAAAGAUGUCACCUUGAAGACUAAGGUGCGCCUGACCCUAGCCAUGGUAUUUUCAAUCACAUCAUAUGCAUGUGAAAGCUGGACAAUGAAUAAGGAAGACCGAAGAAGAAUUGACGCCUUUGAAUUGUGGUGUUGGGGAAGAAUAUUGAAUAUACCAUGGACUGACAAAAGAAUGAACAAAUCUGUCUUGGAAGAAGUACAACUAGAAUGCUCCUUAGAAGCAAGGAUGGCGAGACUGAGUCUUACAUACUUUGGACAUGUUGUCAGGAGGGAUCAGUCCCUGGAGAAGGACAUCAUGCUUGGCAGAGUACAGGGUCAGCAGAAAAGAGGAAGACCCUCACCGAGGUGGAUUGACACAGUGGCUGCAGGAAUGAGCUCAAGCAUAACAACGAUUGUAAGGAUGGCUCAGGACUGGGCAGUGUUUCGUUCUGUUGUGCAUAGGGUCACUAUGAAUUGGAGCCAACUCGAUGGCACCUAACAACAACAUAUAUAUAUAGAGAGAGAGAGAUAUUUCACCAUACCUAUUCAAUUUGUAUGCUGAGUAAAUAAACCGAGAAGUUGGACCAUAUGAAGAAGAACAGUGCAUCAGGAUUGGUAGAAGACUCAUUAACAACCUGCAUUGUUCACAACCUUGCUUCCUUGAAAGUGAAGAGGACUUAAAACACUUACAGAUGAAGAUCAAAGACCAAGCCUUCAGCAUGGAUUGCACAAAAAUCCUUAUGAGCGGACCCACAAGCAACAUCAUGAUAAAUGUAGAAAAGAUUGAAGUUGUCAAGGAUUUCAUUUUACUUGGAUCCACAAUCAACAUCCAUGGAAGCAGCAGUCAAUAAAUCAAAAGAUGCAUUGCAUUGGGAAAAUUUGCUGCAAAAGACCUCUUUAAAGUGUUGAAAAACAAAGAUGUCACGUUGAAGAUUAAGGUCUGCCUGAUUCAAGCCAUGGUAUUUUCAGUACCAUCAUAUGCAUGCUAAAGCUGGGCAAUGAAUAAGCAAUACCAAAGAAUAAUUGAAACCUUUGAAUUGUGGUGUUGGAGAAGAAUAUUGAAUAUGCCAUGGACUGCCAAAAGAACAAACAAAUCUGUCUUGGAAAAAGCACAAUGAGAAUGCUUCUUAGAAGCAAGGAUGGUGAGACUACAUCUUACACACUUUGGACAUGUUAUCAGGAGAGAUCAGUCCUUGGAGAAGGACAUCGUGCUUGGUAAAGCACAGUGUCAAAGGAAAAGAGGAAAACCCUCAACGAGAUGGAUUGACACAGUGGCUGCAGCAGUGGGUUCAAGCAUAACGAUGAUUGUGGGCAUGGUGCAGGACCGGGCAGCGUUUUGUUCUGUUGUACAUAGGAUCGCUAUGAGUUGUAAACAAUUCAAUGGCACCUAACAACAACAACAUAUGUGUGUGUGUAUAUAUAUAUAUGUAUAUAUGGUUGCUGUGUGUCAGAAUCAACUCGAUGGCAAUGGGUUUGUUUUUUUAUAUGCAAAUAUACAGACAUGUAUAUGUAUAUACGUGCGUAUAUAUAUGUAUAUAUAUACACACACACACACAACUUGCAAGACCGUUACUGUGUUAAGUUCCCAUUUUAAGUUUUGUUUAGCUAGUUUUUUGGAUUUGAGUAUAGAACUUUAUUACUGUUACAUUUUAUGUUGAAGAAUAUGGCCGAUGUUCCAUACUACUGAACUCUUUCUGGGUAUUGAUUCUUUCCUGCAAUUCAUUACAUCAAAGAAAAAUUUACCUCUCAUUUCAUGACUUCUAAUUUCUUUUGAUGUAGGCUUUUGAUAGAAAUCAUUCACACUAGGGAAGACAGAACCCUGCAACACAUCUCUUAUGACCUCCCUCCAACACUUAACAUUCAUUGUGUUGACAUUGUAGCCCACUUAUCUCCAUUUGGUCAUCCAGGAAAACCUGAUAUACUGAAAUAAAUGAAUAGUAAAAACACAACAUUAUUCAGACUCAAUCUAGAGUGACUCUGUUAUACCUUAAAGGGGUAAAGCCUGACUCAGGGUGGACCCUGAGGUCAGUGACCACUUCAGGAAGCGGAUGAAAAGGAUCAAGAACAGAGGGCAGGAAAUUGCUGUGAGGCUGAAGAAACUUCAAAAGUUGCUUUAGAGGUCUGCGUUGAGACUGCUCAAUUAAGGAUGCUUAAAUGGGAGAGUACCCCGCAUUAUUCAGGUGGGAUCAGUCUAAUCACAUACAUCUUAAAACGCAGAGACUAUUUCCAGGCCUUGGUGAUGCAGUGGUUAAGUACCUGGCUGCUAACUGAGAGACUGGUGGUUCAAACGACCAGCCACUCCUCGGGAGAAAGAUGUGGCAGUCUGUCUGUCAAGAUUAGAGCCUUGGAAACCCUCUGGGACAGUUUUACUCUGUCCUAUAGGGUCCCUAUGAGUCAGAAACAACUAGACAGCAAUGUUUUUCUUUUGGGGGGGAUGUUCAGAGGGAAAUGUGACUUUAUCAUUUUCCUGAUACCCUACACUCAAAUGAGACGGGAUAAUUUCUGUGACUCGUCACCAUCACACAGCUAGAUCUAGAAUCAGACUCCAGGUCACCUAGCUCCAGGCCAAUGUGCUGUAGCUGCAGAAUCCACUACUGAUCUAGUGCUUGCAAUACACUUAUUUUCUCAGUGCAGCUUUUCUGGGUGAAUAGGACUUAGAUUUGUCCGUGGAUGAAAGUGUACUCAGUAAAGGACUAUCUUAAUAGACUGGGCUUUACAAGCAGCAAAUUUACAGUGACAUGGGCAUUAUGCAUAGUUAUUUGUGGGUAUAUUGGUAAAUUUUGUAGAUCACAGAAGACAGCCUCAAGGUGAUGGAGAAUGCUCAUAUUAGAUUUGGUAUUCAAACCAUGGGCAUGAGUGGGAUCUCUGAAAAGGUGAAAACAGAAAAAUAAUCCAAGAGAAGCCAAAAAUAAAAGGAAGAAGGAGAAGAGAAAGUGAAAAAGAGAGGCAAGGAGGGGAAAGGAGAAGAAGAGAGAAAAGGGGAAGGUUGGAGGAGGAGGAAGAGCAGGGAGAAGAGGAGGAGGAGACAAAGAUUAAUUAAAUGCAAAAUGUCUCUGUGGGUGUUUGUAAUUAUUCAUAAAGGAAAAGAGGAAAAUUGAAGUUUUGAAUGGCUUUUUUCUUUUCAAAUUCUAUGACUGUGCUCUAGAUCUUAAGGAACCCUGGUGGUGGAGUUGUUAAGGGAAUAACUGCUAAACGAAAGGUUGGCAGUUCGAAUCCACCAGGAGAAAGAAGUGGCAGCCUGCAACCAUAAAGAUUAAAAACCCAAAACAAAGAUUAAAAAUUAAAAACCCAAAACAAAGAUUACAGCCUUGGAAAUCCUAUAGGGAGGUCUACUCUGUCCUACAGCAUCACUGUGAAUCAGGAUCUACUCGACAGUAAUGGAUACUCUAGAUCUUACUAUUUUCAGCAACUCUUUCAAGUAACCCAGCUCACUUUAGGUAUUUCCCAGGCAGACACAUUCGUUCAGCAAGUUAAAAAAAAAAUGCGUGGGAUCUCCUAUGGGGAAUUCCUUGGAGACUUUCAGAUUUCUUAGAUUCUGAGACAGCAUACAGUGCUUGAGAGCUCCAUAGCCUUUGUCGUCAAACUUGGUUCAAGCCCUUGCUCUGCAACUAAAGAGUGACAGUGAGGAUUCACUUAAUCUCACUUGCAUCAGUCUCCCUGUGUGUAAAAUGGGAAGAAAGUUGUCAAAUUGUUCGUAGGGAUUAAGUGAGAGAAGUGCAUAAAGAAUUUAGCUAAAUCCCUUGCAUGUAUUUACCAUUCAAUGAAUAAUACUGAAAAAACCAAACCUAUUGCCAUCAAAUCGAUUCUAACUCGUAGUGACCCUAUAGGUCUGAGUAGAACUGUCCCACAGGGAUUCCAAGGCUGUAAAUCUUUACUGAAUUAGACAGCCACAUCUUUAUCCUGUGGAGUGGCUGGUGAGUUGGAACCACCAGCUUUAUGGAUAGAAGCUGAGAGCUUUAACCACUGAGCCACCAAUAACUAUGACAAUUAUUAUCAGAGAUGAGGUACUCCUUUCUAUUAUUAUUUCCUAACAAAUUUUUAUUUAUGUAAUUGGUAGGUGAGCCACAUAGUGGCCUGCCAUUACUUUAGUUUUUACUACACAUCCAACAUUUCUCCACAUGGCCCUGGUGGUGUAGUGGUUAAGUGCUUGGCUGGCAACCAAAAGGUCGGCAGUUCAAAUUCACCAGCCUCUUCUUAGAAACCCUGUAAAGCAGUUCUACUCUGUCCUGUAGGGUCGCUAUGAGUUAGAAUCAACUUGAUGGCAAUGUUUUUUUUUUUGUUUGGUAUCUAUCUCUCCAUCCCCCCGUUUAGCCAUCUACCCAAUAUCAACCUUAUUACAAAGAUAAUUUAAAGUACAUAGGACCAUAUGUUUUGUAAGACAUUUUCAUAUAGCUCAUUUAUAUACCGUAAGUAUUCAAAAUCUCAGCAUAAAAGUGAUGAAUGGUCCACCUUAGACCACAUAACCCAGAUCACAGGGUUUGGACCUAAACCCUUAUCUUCUAGCUCUAAGUUAAUCAUAUUUUCACCACAAAUGAUAGAGUUUGUGCUACGUGUCAGGCAUUAUUAUAGACAAGGGGGCACUGUAGUAAAUAAGACCAAGACCCUGCCCUCAUUUAUCUUACACAUUCUAAGAAGGGAGCUAGGCAAUUAACAUAUAAUAAAUCGGUAAAUAAUGUGAACUGUAUAGUACUCUGAAGUAUUAUGAAGAAAACAAAGCAGGACAAUAUGACAGAUAUGAUGGGAGUGGAGAUAAUUGUUUUGAACAUGGAGAUCACAGAAGGUAUCACAGAUUAAGUGACAUUUGAACAGAAAUCUCAAAGAUAUGGAAGUACGAGCUAUGCAAAGGACCAGGAAGAAGAAAGAGUAAAUGUUAAAAAGCCUCAAAGUAGGAACAACUUAGCUUGUCUAACUCUUUAGUUCCUAUUGGUUUAAUGGUAUACCAGCCACUUUUUAUGCCUCUGGACCUCAUAGGCAGUAUGUUAUUCUGACUCUAAUGCAUGUAGUGUCAAGGUGGGUCCCUUUUAAAAUGUGUGAAGCUCAGCAGUCCAGAGUUGGAGUCUCAUUGUUGUAUAGGUUGACCAUUCUAUUCGGUGAUGCUUUCUGCAUGUGUUAGUUUCGUAAACUUUUGUCUUUUUUCUUUAUUUCUGUGAGAUAAUGCUGCAAGCGUAAUUAUAGCUUUUCUGUGUGAUAGUUAGGGAGCCAUGAUGGGUCAUUUUAGUUUUUCUGUGUCAUAUUUGGAAAACCAGAGGUCCCUCACGUAAUCUAAUGGAACGAAACCAAACCCGUUGCUGUUGUCCACAGUAAAUUCUCUACUUAGUUCUUGUUGGUAUAUUGUUAUACCACAGAUCUGUGGCACAAGAGCGCCACUCACCUUAUUGGUGGCUUGUAUUACCAAACCAUAUUUCUCAAAAUCCUUAUUACCAACCAAAAAUUUAAACACACUCAAUUAGUAAGCAUGGAUUGCAAUACUGAAAACACAUGCAAUCAAAAAUAUUUAAAAUAAAAAAUUGGUAAAGAAAGGGCUAAGGAAUAGAAGGCCAGUGCAACUAGGUUGUAUAGAAGGUGGAAGACUAUAGUAGGAGACAUGGAUAUAGAGUCAGGGAAUCCCUUGGUGGUACAAAUUGUUAACACACUUGGCUGCUAACUGAAAGGUUAGAGGUUCAAUUCCACCCAGAGACACUUGGGAGAAAGGCCCAGCAAUCUACUUUUGAAAAAUCAGCCAUUGAAAAUCCUAUGUAGCAUAGUUCUACUCUGACACACAUGGAGUCUCCAUGAGUUGAAACAACUUGAUGGCAACAGGUUGGCUGGUAGAGUAUUCUAGUCAUAGCAUCACCUGAAGAUGUCUUCCUGAUACAGGCUGUUCUUCCAAACUCAUUACAUAACAUAACAUGUCUGUUUGGAUUUAAUCAAGGACUAGUAUGUACACAUGUGACCAGCAAUGUUGAGCUCUUGAGUCCCCAGUUUUAACCACAACUAAAUUAUCAUCAGUUAGGAUAUAGGAAAAUUAUUUAUUACCACUUCUUUUUCAUAAUAUUAAUUGAAGUGGUGUGGUUAGCAUUCUGGUGCCUGGGAAUUUUUUUUUUUUUCUGUUUCAUUACAUAUAAACCUACCUCUUUAUUUUAUUUUAAACAAUAUUUUAUUAAGUUUUUAGUGAAAAUUUACACAGCAAGCCAGGCUCCCAUUUGACAAUUUCCACACAGAUUGUUCAUUGACAUUAUUUAGAUUUAUGACAAUGUGUCAACAUUACCUUUGUAUUCAGUUUGCUCCCUUUCCAGUACUCUAGUUUCCCUGCUCCCUUAUCUUCUUAUCUUUUCUUUUGAGUAAUCAUUGGCCUUUUGGUCUCAUAUUGAUGGCUUUUAAGUAGGGCACCAAUCUUAUGGGUAAUACCUUUAUCUUCUGUGUCACUCUGUUAUUACAUUAAAAGGUGAUCUCAGGGGAUAGGCUCAGUUCUAGGUUUAAAAAGUGUCUCAGUCCUCUGGUUUCUACUGUCCCAGUUUGUAUGACUUUUUUUUUUUUAAAAUAAGAAUUUGAAUUCUGCUCCAUAUUUUUCUCCCAUUCUAUCCAGGAGCAGACAUUGUGGCCCUGGUCAGAAUGGUUAGUGGUGGUAGCUGGGCAUCAUCUAGUUCUUCUGGUCUCAGGGUAGAUGAGGUUGUGGCUUGUGUAGAUUUAUUUCUUUUUUGUGCUUUUGGUUACCUGCUUACUAUUUUGCUCCUGGCAAGUAGAGGCCUUUAGUUGUGCAUUUAGAUGCCCACUUGCAAGCUUUUAAGACCUCAGACACUACUCACUUCACUAGGAUGCAGAUCACCAUUUUUGUGAACUAUGUUUGCCAGUUGACUGAGCUGUUCCAUGAGACUAUGGUCCUAAGCCUUCAAACCCAGAAAACCAAUGUUGGAAGGUGUUCAGCUAUGUCUGAGAAGUAUCCAUAUUUGUGUCUUCGAUGAAUAUAUGUACCCGCAUUCACAUAUUUGUAUUUAUACAUAGUAAUGUAGUGGUUAAGUGCUACAGCUGCUAAUCAAAAGGUUGGCAGUUCAGAUCCACCAGGUGCCCCUUGGAAACUCUAUGGGGCCAUUCUACUCUGCCCUGUAGGGUCGCUAUGAGUUGGAAUUGACUCGAUGGCAACAGGUUUAUAGAUACUUCUAUCUGUUCUUACCUAUGUACGUACUUGUACCUAUUCCUAUACCAGUUUGCUUAUACCCAUCCAUAUGUGCUCAAACACUCAUUUUUACUUUGGUUGUGCUGUGCUUACUCCAUCCACAUUUGAUUUCACUUUUCACAUCAUCAAAAACAACUAGUCUCUAUGGUAUAAAGUAUACUUUCCUCAUCCCCUCUCCUCUCCCUGGUAACUACCAAUGAAUAAUGGUUUCUCUAUAUUUAUCUCCCUCACACAUCUGUCAGUUUGUCAUACUCUAGGGGCUUGCAUGUUGUUGUGAUACUGGAAGCUAUGCCACUGGUAUUCAAAUAUCAGGAGGGUCAACCGUGGGGACAGGUUUCAGCUGAGCUUCCAGACUAAGACAGAUGAGGAAAAAGGACCUGGAAGUCUACUUCUGAAAAAAAAAAAAAAGGUCAGUGAAAACCUUAUGAACAGCAGCAGAACAUUGUCUGCUUUUGUCCCAGAAGAUGAGCCUCUCAGGUUGGAAGACACUCAGAAGACAACUGGGGAAGAGCUGCUUCUUCAAAGUAGAGUUGACCUUAAUGAUGUGGAUGGAGUUAAGCUUUCGAGACCCUCAUUUGCUGAUGUGGCAUGACUCAAAAUGAGAAGAAACAGCUGCAAACAUCCAUUAAUAAUAGGAACAUGGAAUAUGCAAAGUAUGAAUCUAGGAAAAUUGGGAAUCAAAAAUGAAACGAAAUGCAUAAACUUCGAUAUACUAGGCAUUAUUGAGCUGAAAUGGACUGGUAUUGUCCAUUUUGGAUUGAACAAACAUAUUGUCUACUAUGCUGAGAAUGACAACUUGAAGCGGAAUGGCGUUGCCUACAUAGUCAAAAAGAACAUUUCAAGAUCUAUCCUGAAGUACAAGGCUGUUAGUGAUGGGAUAAUAUAUACCUACAAGGAAGACAAGAUAAUAUGACUAUUAUUUGAAUUUAUACACCAAAUUGAAAUUUACACACAAAAUUGAAGAUUUUUACCAACUUCUGUAGUCUGAAGUUGACAGAAAAUGCAAUCAGGAUGCAUUGAUGAUUAUUGGUGAUUGGAAUGCAAAAGUUGGAAACAAAGAGGAAGGAUCAGUAGUUGGGAAAUACAGCCUCGGUGAUAGAAACCAUGCCGCAGAUCUCAUGGUAGAAUUUUGCAAGACCAGCAACUUCUUCACUGCAAAUACCUUUUUUCAGCAACACAAAUGGCAACUAUACACAUGGACCUUGCCAGAUGGAAUACAAAGAAUCAAAUUGGCUACAUUUGUGGAAAGCUCAAUAUCAUCAGUCAGUACUAGUCCAGGAGAUGACUGCAGAACAGACCACCAAUUGCUCAUAUGCAAGUUCAGGUUGAAGCUGAAAAAAAUUAGAACAAGUCCGCGAGAGCCAAAGUAAGACAUUGAGUAUAUCCCACCUGAAUUUAGAGACCAUCUCAAGAACAGAUUUGAUGCGUUGAACGCUAAUGACUGAAGACCAGAUGAGUUGUGGAAUGAUAUCAAGGACAUGAAGAAAGCAAGGGGUCACUGAAAAGACAGGAAGGAAAAGACCAAAAUGGAUAUCAGAAGAGAACCUGAAACUUGCUCUUGGACAUCGAGUAGCUAAAGCAAAUGGAAGAAAUGAUGGAGUAAAAGAGCUGAACAGAAGAUUUCAAAGGGCAGCUUGAGAAAAUGAAGUAAAAUAUUAUAGUGAAUAGUGCAAAAAUCCUGGAGUUAGAAAACCAAAAGGGAAGAACACACUCAGCAUUUCCCAAGCUGAAAGAACUGAAAAAUAAAAAAUUCAAGCGUUGAGUUGCUAUAGUGAAGGAGUCUAUGGGCAAAACACUGAACAACACAGGAAGCAUCAAAAGAAGAUGGAGGGAAUACACAGUCGGUAUACCAAAAAGAAUUGGUUGAGGUUCAAUCAUUUCAGGGGGUAGCAUAUGCUCAAGAACUGAUGGUACUGAAGGGAGAAGUCCAAGUUGCACUGAAGACAUUGGCCAAAAGAAAAAAAAAAAAGGCUCCAGGAA